AUGGCUAAAAGACGGAGAAGUACCAGAGAAUCAAAAUCGACAGAAGAACCUGCACCCAAAGUAAAGGAAGAGGUUGGCGAUAAUGAAGAUGAUGAAUUUGUGGAUGACGAUACCAGUAUUCAAGCCGAUGAUUCAAACAUCAAUGAUGAUGGCGAUGAUGAUAAUGAUAAUGCGGCGCAAGAUCAAGUAGAUUUCAAAAUUGGUCAUAAGACAAAAAAGAGAAAGACAGUGACAUUAAGAGAUGAUGAUGAGGAAGAAGUAGAUGACGUUAAUGGCGAAGAGCAAGAAGUUGGAGAGGAUGAUGGAGAAGAGGACGAGGACGAGGACGAGGACGAUGACGAGGAGAACGAUGAGGAUGAGGAUGGUGAGGAUGAGGAGCAAGCACCACAAGAAGUACCUAGAGUGGGAAAACUGUGGAGACGCGGAAGGAAGAAGAAAGAAAAGGAGUAUAUGUUCAAUACGGAUGAUGUGUUUGAUGCAGAUGGAAACCCAAUUAGUGUUGAAAAUGAUGAAGUUCGGAUCCCCAAUGAAGAUCCAAAGGGUAAAGAAAAGAUUGACGAAUUGGGCUAUUUGAAAGGUGGACGUGAAUUCAAGAUGGACACGUUCAAAAUUUUAGGUGAAGGUGAUCGUCUAUAUAUGAUCUCCACUGGUCCAGCACGUAUGGUUGGUUUUCGUGACUCGUAUCUUCUUUUCAAAACGCACAAGACUUUAUUCAAACGCGUUUGUGACCAUGAUCAAAAAAUGGAUCUAAUUCAACGAGGUAUUAUCCCAAACUCGUACAAAGGUCGUGCAGUGAAUUUAGUCAGUGCAAGGUCCAUCUUUCGUGAGUUUGGAGCUCGGAUGAUCAAGGAAGGAAAGAAAGUUAUUGAUGAUUUUUGGGAGCAAAAAGCACUUGAGAAUGGAGAUAUCCCUGGGGAAUACGCUGACCCAGAAGAAAUUUAUAAGAACAAAUUAUCAAAUUUAUUGGGAGACGGUGGUAGUGGAGUUGCCUCCGGUGGGAAUGCUACUCCAAUGGCUCCAGUACCAAUUGUAAACUACCAAACUGAUGAAACUUGGUUAUACCAGAUUGCAUCUCAGACCUCCGAUUAUAAUCAUAAACUAGCAGAAUUGCGAGCGCAAGUGACGAGCAGUGGUUUAAGAGAUGUAUUUACAAAUACCGUGCAAUUCCCAACAAAUACGCAACCAAAUCAUCUAAGUGUGUGCAAAAUUGACGACAAGCAGAAGCUGAACAGCAAAUUGACUCGAGAUAUAUACAUUGAUUCUGGUGAUUUGAGGCGACCCGUAACUGGUUUAGCAAGUAUUCCGCAAGAAAUUAUAGACGAGAUUAAAGAUGAAGAAAUCAAAAAGGCAAUCCUUGAGCAACAAGAUUACGAAAGAAAAGUCACUGUACAAACAUAG